AGAAAAUGGCUUCUGUUUUAUGGAAAUUUUCUUCUUUUAGAACAUUUAAAUGGGAAAUUUUAUCAAAGUUUUCUACAUUUACUGUAAGAAAAUUUUCUAAUUUACCAGAAAAUUCAUUUUUAUCUACACACAAAAGAUACUAUACAAAUUGGGAUAGUGAUGAAAAUGAAGCAAAUGAAACUAUUAAUAGAAAUCUUUGGAGAAAUGCUAUACCAAAGUAUGCCCAAAUUGUAAUUUGUGGUGCUAGUUCUGUUGGCAAUGCAAUUGCAUAUAAUUUACUCAAAAAAGGAUGGACAGAUGUUGUUGUUAUGGAAAAGGGAAGGAUAGGAGAAACCUUAUCAUCUAUAGGUAAUAAUAUUAUAAGCACAUUUAAUUCAUCAAAUGAUGGAAUAAUUACACAGUAUAAUAUUGAUUUAUUUGAAGAAUUAAAAACAGGAGGAUAUGAUAUAGGAUGGAAACAAUGGGGUGCCAUUGAUAUAGCAAGAACAAAAGAUAGAAUGAUAUAUUUUCAAAGAUUAGCCGAUGAAGCAAAGAUAUAUGGAUUAGAAUUUGAAAUUAUUGGACCAGAAGAUAUCAAGAAAAUAUGUCCAUUAGUUAAUACUGAGGAUCUAGAGGGAGGAUUAUGGAAGGAAACGGAUAGCGUUGCCGAUCCUACAAAAUUGUGCCUUGCUAUAGCCGAACUUGCUCGCAAAGAAGGUGCUCAGUAUUUUGAAGAAUGUCAAGUACUUAGAAUAUUAACUGAAAAUAGUAGAGUUACUGGCGUUCAGACAAAUUUUGGUAUUACUGAGUGUGAAUAUUUAGUAGUUUGUGCAGGAAUGAAUACAAGAGAAUUAGGACAAAAGUGCAUUCCACCAUUUCGUGUUCCUAUACAUUUCACUGAUUUACCUUUCAUUGUAACACAACCAGUCCAUGGAAUUAUUCCUUCUUUACCAAUUAUCCGAGAUUAUGACGGAAAAUUCUUUUGUCAUAAAUAUGAUCAAGGCAUUUUAAUUGGUGGUUAUUUUAAUGAAAUGAAAUCAAGAUUUCAUAAAAAUUCUGAAAAUAAAACCUUGGAAUUGGCAGAUAUCAUGCCUUUGUACAAUGAAGCAAAACAAAGAUUACCUAUUUUAUCCCAAGUUGAUAUCGAUCAAAUGGUAAAAGUUAGUUACAGUUUCACACCAGAUGGUCAGUGGAUUGCAGGAAAAACUCCAGAGCAGGUUCCAAGUAAGAGUACAGAUGAUGAAUAUAAUGGUUUGAAUCCACUCAAUAUGACACCACCAAAGUGCAAAUUCCGAACUGAUUGGUUGAAACAAAAGGACAAGGCAGAUUGUUUCCAAGCACUUUUUGAUCAUGGAGGUACUGCCAAGCAUAGACAAAAAUUUACCUGUGCUUAUGGUCCAAGACAGUUAUACUUGACAUUGGUUGGGCCAGGUGAUAAUUUCCUGGACCCAUUAAAAAUUGAUGAAAUUCCAAGUAAUACUGACAAUAUGACUGGAGAAGGAUCAGCAACUUCAUUUGUUUUAACAGGUGCUCAGUAUUUUGAAGAAUGUCAAGUACUUAGAAUAUUAACUGAAAAUAGUAGAGUUACUGGCGUUCAGACAAAUUUUGGUAUUACUGAGUGUGAAUAUUUAGUAGUUUGUGCAGGAAUGAAUACAAGAGAAUUAGGACAAAAGUGCAUUCCACCAUUUCGUGUUCCUAUACAUUUCACUGAUUUACCUUUCAUUGUAACACAACCAGUCCAUGGAAUUAUUCCUUCUUUACCAAUUAUCCGAGAUUAUGACGGAAAAUUCUUUUGUCAUAAAUAUGAUCAAGGCAUUUUAAUUGGUGGUUAUUUUAAUGAAAUGAAAUCAAGAUUUCAUAAAAAUUCUGAAAAUAAAACCUUGGAAUUGGCAGAUAUCAUGCCUUUGUACAAUGAAGCAAAACAAAGAUUACCUAUUUUAUCCCAAGUUGAUAUCGAUCAAAUGGUAAAAGUUAGUUACAGUUUCACACCAGAUGGUCAGUGGAUUGCAGGAAAAACUCCAGAGAUAGACAAUUUGUUUGUUACUGGAGGAAGUAAUGGCAAUUCCUUGCAAGCUGUAGGUGGCUUAGGAAGAGCACUGGCUAACUGGAUUUCUAAUAUGGAACCUGAUUCAUUUAUGCUUCCAUUUGAUAUAUGUCGAUUUAUUGAUGUACAUAAUAAUUACAAAUUUUUGCAAGAAAGAGUUGCAGAAGUUGUUGAGUUAGGAUACACUAUUCCUCACCCAUUACCAAAAGAAUUUAAUACUGCAAGAACAUUACGCUGUUCACCUUUGUAUACCAUUCAAGAUGAUGCUGGAGCAGUGUUUGGAGAAAGAAUGGGAUUUGAAAGAGCUCUUUAUUUUGAUAAAACUAAAUCACGAGAAGAACGAUUAUGUCCACCGCCAACGUCUUUCGGUAAACCUCCCUGGUUUGAUAUCGUGAGAGACGAAUACAUCGCCUGUCGAGAGAGAGUCGGCCUUAUUGAUAUGUCAUCUUUUACUAAGUCGUUCAUAAUGUCCGCAGGAACUGAAGUAGUGAACUUCUUACAACUGUUAUGUUCGAAUGAUGUGGAUAUACCUGUCGGCUGUAUAGUACCUACCGGGAUGCAGAAUGAAAAAGGUGGAUAUGAAAAUGAUUGCCUGUUAGUUCGAAGAGCCAAUAAUUGUUAUUUUAUGAUAUCUCCUACUUCACAACAAACAAGACUCAGUGAAUGGAUGGAAAAAAAUUUACCAACUGACGGCUCCAUAUCGUUUAAUGACGUGACUUCGAUGUAUACGGUAUUAAAUGUGGUCGGUCCAAAAUCGAAGGAACUAAUGACUGAACUCACAAAAACUAACAUGUCCAUUCCUAGUUUUACCUGCAAGGAAAUGAAUGUCGGUUAUGCAAGUGAAGUAAUGGUGAUGGGAUUUAACAACACCGGAGAGCCGGGAUAUAGUUUGUACGUUCCGUCCGAGUACGCUUUGCAUGUGUAUGACAGAUUAGCUACAGUGGGGAGAGAUUUUGGUAUAAAAGACGUCGGUUAUUAUACGCUUCGUUUUUUGAGAAUAGAAAAAUUUAUUCCGUUUUGGGGAGAAGAAUUAGACAGCAACACGACACCUUUAGAAGUUGGAAGAAGUUUUAAAGUAAAGAUGCAAAAAAAUUAUUUUCUUGGAAAAGUUGCCCUACAACACCAAAUUGACAAAGGGCUCUUUCGUCGUCUUGUACAUUUCCAAUUGGAAAACCACAACCCCGACAUGGAUCUGUGGCCCUGGGGUCGCGAACCCAUCUUUCGCAACGGCAAAUACGUCGGCACCACCACCUCCUCCGGAUAUGGAUUCACAUUAAACAGGGUCGUCUGUCUGGGAUUCGUGGACAAUUUCAACCGAAUGAGUCACAAAUACGAAGUGGUCACCAAUGAUUACAUUACAAAAGAUGCAAAAUUUGAAGUUUCUGUUGCAGGAAAGAGAUAUGUUGCGAAGCCAAGUUUGCAUCCUCCCAAAAUUCCAAUAGUCACCAUGAGCGGCACCACAAGAUACACUCCCCGAGCAGUCAACGGCAUAUAAUACAGUUGUAGAGUUAUAUCUAUUUAUGUAUAUUUACUUUUUAUAAAAUUAUCUCUCAUUACACUAGUCAUUGUGAUAUUUAUACACUCUAAAAAUUACAGGUGUGUUAAAUCAGUAGUUAAAAAUGUUGAUAUAGGAUCUGAAAUUUUCAAUUUUAAGAAAAACUUUUUAUAAUCUUGAAUAAAAUAUUGUAUAAUAAAUUUAAAUAAACUAAUAUAAAUCACUUUUAAUUACAACUUCAGGCUUUUUUCAAUUCAACCAGUUAGCGGUAAAAGAAUUUGGAGCAAUUUUGUAGAAUGUUUUUUAGUUGAAAUUCAAAAGAAAUCUCUCCUAAUAAAAUUCAUAUUCUGGAAUAACAGCAAUAUUAGUUUAAUACCCUGUAUACAGUAUCUUGAAAAUUCUGAUCAGAAUACUCACGACACAUGGCAGUUUAUUUUGGCAAGCUUAAUGCAGAAAAUUUAUAUUUACAUGAAUUUUUUCAACUUAAAAUUAAUUGAAACAUUAUUAACAGAUAAAUGUCUCUCUUUCUUGAUCAUAAUACAAGAAAUUCUCUUGUAUUAUGAUCAAAUGUGAUAAAAAUUGAGAAACACGUACAUAUAGAUCCUUAGAUAUACAGUAGAGCCUCGAUUAUCCGACUCAAUUGGGGACUGGGGUUGGUCGGAUAAC